AUGCCGAAGAAACGUUCAGUUGUAACUAGACGCGUUUAUUUCUGUUUUCUUGAAAUUAUUUAUCUUUUCCAUCUUUUUUUUCUCAUUGUUCUUCACUCUCUUUCUAAAUCUGUCGCUUUCUUUUUCUCUUAUUAUUUCUUUUUCUCUUUCUUUCUUUACAUUAAAUUUUUCACUUCCAAAACUGUUAAACUUUUUCCUGUUUUACUUUUUAACUUCUUUCUUGCUUCGUUUUUAUCUUUUCCUUCCUCGCAUUUUUCUUCUUUUUUCAUUUUCUUUUUUUUUUCAUCCGUUCUAGGUCUUAGAUUUUUUUCUUUUUUAGUUUUACAUAUUUUCUCAUUUAUUGUAUAUUUCUUUUCUUUUUUUUCAUUCAUUUUCUCUUUCACAUACGCCACUUUGUAUCUUUUUACCUUUCCUUUUCCUGUCCCAUUUUUUUCAUUUUCUUCUAUUUCCGCUUAUGUUUUAAUUCCUUCUCAAUUAUUGGAUCUCACUAAAUCUCGUUUUCUUAUGUUAUUUCUCUUUCUCUAUACUUUUAUUAGAUUCUUUCCUUCAUAUUUCCUUCUUUCUUUUCUUAACUCCCAAUUUCUCGCUUAUCACGUGUUUCUGACAAUUCGACAGACAUUCUCACCCCCAUCCCCUGUUUAG